GUAUUCUUGAGAUGCUUGGUAUAACUCCUUCUAUGGUUCGACAGAUGCAAAUGAUGGGAGGGCUCUACCAACAACAUCAACAACAUCAACUUCAAGGGUUGGGAUACCCGUACAUGCAGCAGAUGUACGGACAGCCUGGAGGUCCAGGACCUCGUCCUCUACCCCAGCAGCAACCUCCACCCCGUCCUCCUCCUCCUAAACCAGAUCCAGUUCAGAAAUAUUGCCAGUAUCCUCUUCCAGGGAGUAUUGAAGGAGUGGGUCCUGUCACUGUCACAACAGAUGAUUAUAAAACUCUUCAGGUUGGAACGUUUUUAAACGACGUGAUAAUAGAUUUCUACCUGAAGUAUCUCCAGUAUUCUAUUCUCAAGCAGGCAGACAGAGACAGGGUUCACAUAUUUACAACGUUCUGGUUCAGUCGUCUUACCAGUAAACCUUCUCCUAUUGAAGCAAGGAAGGAAGGGAUUAUCAGACGCCAUGAUAGAGUUAAACGGUGGACCAGGAAGAUUAAUAUCUUUGAGAAGGAUUUUGUGGUGGUUCCGGUCAACGAGAACUCUCAUUGGUACCUGUGUAUUAUCUGCUAUCCUGGACAGGUUGGAUGCCGAAGUAUGGAGGAGGACAAGGAGGUUAAUACACCCAGAGCACAGAGAAGAAGAAGAAAGAACAAGGACAAGAUCAAGGAGAUAAAGAAGAAGAUGAGAAUUAAAAGUAAGAAAGAUGAGAAUGAUGAGAGAGAUGAACCGAUUGUAAGUGAAGAUGAGCUGGAUCACGAGGGUGAGAACCUGGACCUGGAGUACUGGAAGAAAAAGCUGGUUGAGUUCAAGAAGGAGGAGAUCAUCAGAGAAGAGCGGAGGAAGGAAGAGGAGGAGAGAAGGAGAAAGGAACUCAAGGAAUGGAACAGAAAACAGCUCGAACGAGAGCAAGAGAGAAAAGAAAGAGAGAGACAAAGAUAUGAAGAAGAAAUGGCAGGGGAAGAAGAAAUGGUAGGGGAAGAAGAAAUGGCAGGAGAAGAAGAAUACAAUGAAGAAGAUUAUAAUGAGGAAGAAGAAGAAGAUUACAAUGAGGAAGAUUACAACGAGGAAGAUUAUAACGAAGAUGAAGAUGAGCACAAGGAAGAAGAGUUUGAUGAUGAGAAUGAGGGAGCUCAGGAAGAUAGAAUCAAUAUUGAUGAGACUAUUGAUGAUGCUCAAAUAGAAUCAUCAAAGCCAGAAUCUGAAAAUCAAGGAUUCUCCGACUCAGCAGCUUAUUAUAUCUCCUCUAUUCACAGUCAAGAGGAACAACCAGAGGAGAGUAAAGAAGUGAAAGAGAUGAAGGAUGACUGGGACUCCAGUGAGGAAGAAAACCCAGGUUCAGAUCUGAAACCUGAAUCUGAAACUUUGAUUGCUGAUCCUCUCCAACCCUCCUCGGAUGAGGACCCUAGUGGACCCCUCCAAGACAAUCCAUCUGAAGCUGCCUCUAAACCUGCUACUUCUAGUGUACCUGCACAGAAAGAUCUCACAGUUCCAGAUGAUUCUACUGUUGCUGAUACCACUCCAGAAGAUUCUACCGCUGCUGAAGAUGAUUCUACUGCCGCUGAAUCCAAUCAUGUAAACUCUACUUCAGCUGAUCUUGUUCAAACUGACUCAGCUACAUUAGACUUGCCUCCUGAAGAUCUUGAACACUCUGAUACUAAUCAAGCAGCUUUAACUGCUGAUACUUCUUCACCUGGAGUUGAAGCUGAAACUUCUGAUUCACUGUCACCGCCAAAAGAGCAAAUUCAAGAUGGUGAAUCUGAGAAGGAAGGAAGAGCAGAAGCUGAUGAACCUAAGGAAGAGGAAACUCAGGUUUCAGACAAAUCACAAGCACAAAUACCACAGGUCGAUGGUAUGGAUGAUGAAGAUGAUGAAGAGAAUAAGGAAGAUGAAGAUAAACAGAUCAAUGAGGAGAAUCAACCAAUCCCUCAGCUUGUUGAAUCCUCAUCUGCACUUCAGACCAACCCUGCUACUGAACCUCAAACAGCAGCGGAGACAUCUGUCCAGUCGGCGGAAUCCUCUCAGCCUGAACUUCAGCUUGAAGAGUCUGUUGUUGAAGAAGUUGCUACCGUUGAUUCUGAUAAUGAGAUAGUUUUCGGAGGCAUCAUUGUGGCUGAUGCAGAGACAGAAGAUGCAGACGAGACAAUUGAGGACGCAAAUGAGAGAGUUGAGGGCGCAGAUGUGACAAUUGAGGACGCUGAUGAGACAGUUGAGGAUGCUGAUGAGACAGUUGAGGAUGCUGAUGAGACAGUUGAGGACGCUGAUGACACAAUUGAAAUGACAGAGGAUGAUGAGAACAAUGAAACUGUGUCAAUUCUUGAGAAAGCCGAUGAGGAAGAGGAGGAGGAGGAGGAGGAAUACCACUCCGAUGAGGAAGACAAAGAAAAUCAUAGAUCCGAUAAGGAAGAGGGUGAACAAUACAAAUCAGAUGAGGAUGAAGUUCAAGCACUGGACGAACGGAAGGAAGAACAGGACGAUGAGUACAACAGUGAUUUUGACGAGCAAGGAGAAGAGAGAAACUCUAAUAUGGACGAAGAAAUGGGCGAUGACGAUGAUGAUAUGGGUGACGAAGAAGAGGAGGGAGAGGUUGAUGAUAUGGGCGAAGAAGAAGAAGAAGACGACGAUGAUGAGGAGGAGUCUGAAGACGAAGCCGAAUCUGAAGAUGUUUGUGCCGUUAAGCAACCCUGUAUUCUGGUAUUUGACUCUCUAGGUGGAUCUCGGGCUCGUCAAGCGCGCUUGUGCGCCACUCUCCGUGACUUCCUUGCAAUGGAAUAUAAGGAGAAGUAUGGAGAGACAAGAGAGUUCAACGCCAGGAAUAUGCCCGGUACAGCUCCAAAGGUUCAACAGCAGCCAAACUUCACCGACUGUGGGAUAUUUCUUCUUCAGUUUGUGGAGAGCUUCUUCAAGUUCCCCAUCAACGACUUCACAAUCCCCAUCACACACCUCACCUCUUGGUUCGACAUGGAGGAGGUGGUCGGCAAGAGAGAGAAAAUAGCAGAGCUAGUCAGGAGCCUAGCUGCUGAGCAGGAUAAGGAAACCGAGUUUAAGUAUCCUGAUAUACCGUUCAGGGAAAACAGGAAGGAGAACAAGAGGGAGAAGACAAGAAGCAGAAGUCCAGGUUCUGACGGGGACUAUGACGAGGAGGAAGAGGACGAUUAUAGAUCAGAAGACGAGGACGAUUAUGAGAAAGAAGAAGGUUAAUUAUUUAUUUUCUAUUUG